GGCAGAUGUAGGUUUAGGUGAAGCUCAACCUGUCGGCACUGUCAGAAACAGAACAAAUGAAUGGGAUAUGGACAAUCAGUAACAUCAGCGGUGUGUGCGAGUGUCAGGGUGAGAGGAAAAUGCUGCACACUGACAGGAAAGACAAAACAAAUCAAUCAAACCAAAGGACGAGAUUGAGGCAAACUGAGCUGCCCAGCUUCGUAGGCUUGCAAGCUCAUCAGCCAGGACCAGCCUCCAGAAGUGGGCAGGAUGUCAAUGACCUUGAACAAGGCUGAUGGACACACUGUCAUCACUGUGACCUCUGACCCCAAAUGUGCUUGGCCUCCUCUGUGUCAAAUCCUCAAGGCCCAUUACCACAACCCACUGUGCUGCUCUGUGUCCCAGCACCUGAGGAGGGUCCAGGGUACCUCUCAGUCAGCUCUGGGGGCUACGCAGAUUAUGGUUGCAGUUAUCAACAUCUACCUUGGGACCAUCCUCAUUAAUAAUGGUGCCAGCUCCUGGCAGUUGUUGGAGACCUGGUAUCCCAUUUGGUUUGGGUUCUUGUUUGCUGGCUUCGGGAUCAUGAGCAUUUUGUCUGAGAAGUACCCCAGUACAUGUCUGGUCACUGCUAGUGUGAUUGCAAAUCUUGCAGGAGUUGCUUUUGCCAUUGCAGCCAUCGUACUCUACGGUUUUAACCGCAUACGCAUUGAACUGUCAUGGUUGUGCCGGCGUGAUGAGUGGGACUGGCGUGGCCUAAAUAUGACAAUGCCUCCAACUCCAUCCGUUGAGGAGAUGAUCAUGAUGGAUAAAUGCAUGGACGCAAAAGCAAAAGUCAGGGUCCUUGUGCAGAGCAUCAGUACCGUGCUGGUCAUCAUGUCGAUCCUCGAGCUUUGCCUCGUCACCAGCUCUGCUGUUUUGGGCAUCAAGGCUCUGAUGAGGGGUCAGAAGGAAGCAAACAAGGUACACGAUAGCACUGAUGACCCAAAUCUCCACAAAUUUCCCCUGCAGAAGGAGGUCGCCACUAUCACAGCUUAACAGCAGUACUCUACUCACCACUAUCAUGAGC